GCCAAGGUGGUCGCGGGACUUGGAACCAGCAGGGGCGUGGUGGCGCUGGUGCAAGAGGAAGAGGUGGUCACUCCAACAAUGACAACAUGCAAGACGUGUCUGCUGAGCAAGUUCACACGGUUCCCCUUUCACGGCGUAGCUGGGAAAAGCAAGGCAGCACUGGAACUGGUGCACAUGGACCUGGUAGGACCUUUUCCAGUUCGAGGAAGUAAGGGGGAAAGUGACAAGGAGAUCGAUGGGGUGCAGCAGAAGCUCACAGAGCAGUUCAAGUGCAAGUCACUUGGAGAGGCAAGGUACUACCUGGGAAUGCACAUUGAGCGGGAUACUGAACGUGGCUGGCUCAAACUGCAUCAGGGAUAGUACAUCAACACCUUGGCUGAGAAGUACUCUCUGCAAGAAGAACGGGAAGUGGUCACACCUUUGCCUUCCGAGUUCAAACUCAUAAAGGCAGCUGAAGGAGGAGUUGAGAUCAGAAGGGAGUUGAAGUUCUCAAAGAGAAGGGGGAGCAGCUCGGAGAAGGAAAGGUGUUCCUUUCCUGUUUUGCUGAUGCCACAUGGGCUUCUGAGCAUGAGGAUUCAUCAUCAGUUGGUGGAUACAUCUGCAUGGUGGGAGGUGGGCCUGUAAGUUGGAGGUCCAAGAAGCAGUCUGAGAUGGCACUAUCUUCAGUGGAAUCUGAGUACAUGGCAAUGUUUCAUGCGGCAAAAGAAAUCAUUUGGCUAAGGAGGCUCUUGAAGGAGAUCGGCCA